AUGGGCGCGACUUGGGCAUUGUUUCUCGUCUUGGCUUUCCCGUGGUCAAAGGAAUUGUGGCAAGAGGUGUCCGGGGUGACAAGGCCGAUCUGGGACGACAACCCGGAGCCCACCUUCGGCAUGGCUCUCACCGACGAGGAGAGGGAAGAGGUGCAAGACUUUGUGCGACGGGUACAGGCAGCCUCAGGCAAGGAAGCGGCAGAGUCAAUUUUCGGGUGUCGGUCGAAGGCGCACACCAAGAAGGAAGCGGAUAGGAGAGCACGCAAGAUUGUUCAGACGUGGCAGAAGAACUUGUUCGUGAAGGGCAAGUGGAAAGUCUCGAAGAUUGUAGGGGACUAUCUCGUUGAAAACAACUACGACUACUGGGGGCAGCUCAACGGGUCGCGAACACCUCGCGAUCUCGAUUCGGCAUCUAGGGCGUUAUCCGCCACCAGCAUGUGCUAUGUUGUAGCGCAGCCGCUCUUGGAGAAGCUGGUCGACGAGCACGAGUAUAUCGGGAAGAGCAUUCCGCCCGCCACAGAGCAAGAGUGGCUGAUAACCUUGCUGUCGAUUGUUUACUCUGGUCAGAAGUCGACAGUGAAGCGCACGUUGAACAAGAUCCAGGCACUCGAGAAGCGCAUCGAGAAGGACGAGCGUAGCCUUAGGACAGAUCUCUCCCUGACGAAAGGAGGAGUAACGAAGCUUUUAAACAGCAUAGCAAGCGGCUCCAAGCAACUGCUCGAGUAUCGCAUGAGAACCCGUAACGAGGAAGAUGCGAGGCGGAACGCCACGCUCGCGGGGACGUUGGGCGAUAUCCAAUCGUCUCUUGCCGGUCAACGGAGCGGCAACAUCCCUCCGGCUGUCCAUCGCCUCAUAUAUCAAGUGGUGGACACGUCCGCGUUCCUCGGCAUCGAGAGCGCUAUCAACGAGACGCUAGAGCGUUAUCGGCAGGGUGAUUCCAACACUCAGUUUCUUCCUGCGGAGCGCUCCAUCAUCCCCGACUGGAACCUCGACGACGAGCUCAAGCAUCUCACGGUGAAGAACACGCAGCAGCUGUGGACAGAUUUAGGCAUCAAGGACGAGAAGCUCGUCCCUCUCGCCGAAUGGCGGGAUCCGUAUCUUCAGUUCAACAGUUGGCAGAAUCCCGACGAAUGCCCCGAAGAACGCCGCAUUCCCAGCAAUCUCAAAUGGCACCAGGUCGUUGGACUUCAUCGCUUCGCUGAGUCGAUGUUCACCGGCACUAGCGUCCUCAACAUGGACGAAGUUGGGGUCGGCAAGACCCUCCAAGUUAUCGCCCUCAUCGCCUACCGCAUUAUGUCUAUUCAAGCUCUCGAUCAUGGCGGCGAGUAUCUUGGAAGAUUCAAGAACUUGAAGCCUGGCACGCUCAAGGACGGGGCCGUCCUCAUCAUCGUUCCGCCCACGCUCCUCAACCAGUGGUCAGACGAGAUGCAGCGCUGGUUUAAGUACGGCGCUGUCGACCUCGUGAAGUACGAAGGCUCGUAUGAUCACGAUGCGCGCAAGCAAUGGUGGAAGGCGUUCGGCGAGAGGUCUUCGAAGAUGUACCAGAGGGUUAUCCUCACGACUAGACAGGCUCUUUUUGCGGAUGCGGAUGCGGCGUUAAUGGAAAAGACCACCGACAUCAAGAAAAGCUAUCUGCCAACCCUCUACCACGCCGAAAUCGGGUUCUACGUCGCCGACGAGAUCCACGACAUACGUAACGCGGGCAAACGCUUAAAUGCCUAUAUCGCCCUCUCAAGUCACGUCGGGUACGCGAUUCUGCUCACGGCGACGCCGAUGGUCACUCGGCCGCAAGACCUGCUCAACAUUGGCAAGAUUAUGCGCAUUUCUGCCUGCAACGACGAGGCCAUCGCCAGGGAAUUUGCGCGAAAGAUCGCCGCUGGUAAACGUGCUGAUAAGAAGCGUCGGAAGGCAGAGAAAGACGAUCAGUCUGCCGUGACCGUCGAGCGUGCGCAAGGCAAGGUCCCGUCGGAUUCUGAGGAGCCUAGCGCGCUCGAGGAGGUUAUCAGAGAGUGCAUCGAGCGGCUCAAGAAGAUCUUCAAGAGCUACGCGAUGCGACGCACAAUCCAAUCUCCUGACUACGACGGCAGGCCAAUUUGGGGCGCCGACCCACCACUAGACAUCUUCGUAUUCCUCAAGCCGAAUGGGCGCGAGACGGAGAAGAUCGAGGAACUCGCGGCGGAGGCGAUGGUCGUGUCCAUGGAAGGUUGGGAGACUAAAUUCUAUCUUGGGGUACGCAAGAUCCUCACCCAUCCCGAUUAUUACGAGUGGGACAGGAUCCAGGACACCACAGACGAGCGACGAGUCGCGUGGCAGGGCCCGGCGUCUCUGGAGGAGUACCAGGCCAACCCGUCGACCAAAAUCGACGCGACCGUGGAGAUCAUUCGGCACCAUCUGCAGAAUGCCGGCGCUGCCCCUCUCGGUAAUAAGUGGCCCGAUGGAGACAGCAUCACGAAAAUCGAUCCACUGUGGCAGGUUUACACAAACGAUCUCGUCCCGCGUCGCAAGAUCUUCGUCGAUCGGUUCGCUCCUUCGUUGUCGCCCUCCACCAAACCGACUGAGACCGCGCCAGCGCCGGCCGAGAGUGCUUCCGCAGCAAUGCCCUCUGAAACGGGAGCAACCUCUCCGAAAUGCUACGAAGCUGAUCCGGCAGCUGAGCCUCUUUGGGACACAGACACGCCUGACAAGCACGUCGUCUACGUGUUCUUCGCGGCGCAACAGCUGCUGCUUAAAAAGGUACUCGAGUGGCACGGUAUCAAGGCCUUGACGCUGUCUGGUGGUAUGUCGCCCGGCAAGCGAGCUCAAACCUUGCGAGAGUUCCGCGAAGCAGCGGUGCCCAUGGUUCUUAUCGUCACGUCGGUCAGCAUCGUCGGGUUGAACCUCGACUGCGCAAAUAUCGUGACGUUCUUGUCUACCAUGUGGUCCGGUCAGGACGAUCGCCAGUUUAUAGGCCGCGUCUGGCGAAAUCCACAGGUCAAGCCCGUCCUCGUCUAUCGUCCACUUGCCAUGGAGACAAACGAGAAGAACAUGAGCAACAUCGCGUUCGGCAAGGAGGAGAUGCAUCGGGCGUUCAUUACGCCGACAGCCAUUGAGAAAGCCCUCGCUGAGGUUAUGGUGCAAGUGAACGAGAACGAGGACGCGGAGGACGCUGUAGAAGCGGGGGGCAAGAAGACCAGGGCCAAGAAGGCCAAAAAAUCACCGGCCGUUAAGGCAGCGGCCGCUGGUGGCGACCGUCCUGCUGCUUCAGCGGAAUCGUCCAAGGCGGCCGGGCGCAAGAAGGCCAGUCAAACAAAGCCGUCCACCGAAGAGCAAGCCGCCGGUGGCGACCAGAUUGCCACUUCGCCGCAGGUCGCCCCCGAAGGCGAUCAAGCCGGCUCUCCCGCACUGGGCCGUCAAACAACGCUGCCUGAACACGAUCCCAGCGACCGCUCGAUGCUCACCCCACCCAGCGCGGUGAUUCCCGAGCGCGAAGCAGUCGCCACGGGCGGCCACUCAACGGUGGGGCAAUCUGGCGAACGCGAAGCGGUCGACAUUGGCGAGCAAGAAGUGGCCGCCACUGGCGACCACUCGACGCCGGCUAAGGAACAGGGUCCAUCGUCUAAUGAAUCUCGUGCGCCCAACGAGCCGAUCGUCGCCUCAGACUCUUCGACCUCUCGUUUGCGUCCGGCCGCGCCCGCUCAGGAGGACGUCGAGCGAAGGCCCGAACAAUCGCUGUUCCCCCCAGCCAAGCCGCCCCUCCACGUAUACAAACGUCUUAACAUUGCGAAGGCAGGGCCGACGGUGCUCACCUUGCAGCGUGAGGAGAGCCCAGAGGAGUCCUUGGCGCUGAAAAUGGGGCGCCUGGCGUCGCCUAGUCAACCAGCCGCUCGCCAUCAAAGGGCCACGACGAUCCCCGCCAGGGUCGUCGAAACGCCAGACGUCAAUAUGGAGGUGGAGGACGAUAUACAGCCUUUCGACACGCCUGAGGUCGAUAUGCAUCCGAGCGUCGAGGAUAUCGACUCGGAGCAUUUUACGUCCUCGUCCUUGUCUAGCAUCAGUAGUGAGCCUCCCCCACCCAAGAAGGUUCGCUUGGGCGAUCCCGCUUCCGCGACUCGGACAGUUGGGGGCUCCGAUGCGUUCGGCGGCGCCAGCGCCGCUGUCCAGCUUCAACCUCGGCACAAACCGGUCGCGGUGCGUCCCGAGGUUGGCUUCAGUCGCUUGCCUGAGGUUGGUAGCACGCGACGUCAUCCUGAGGGGUCUCGUCCCGCCGAGGAAGCGUCCACGAGCGGCGAAGCUCGAGCCGACACCGUCCUCAAGACAAAGGCAAUCAAGGCUGCCAGGACUGCCAAGGCCAGGGCCGCGAAGGCUGCGAGGCAAACGAAGAACGCCACGGUGGUCGCCGAGUCCGAACCCGAGCCUGCCGAACCCACCACAGCUCCCGCUAAGAAUAAGGGCAAAGGUCGGGCUGAAUAA